AUGGGUAAAGCUAAAUUAACAAAAUCAGAUUUAGCUAAACCUAUUAAACAAGCAACAAAUAUACCUGAGACUAAUAACAAUCAUAUAGCUUUCAAUGAUCAUACAUCUUUUAAUGUUGAAGAAUCAGAUUUAGAAGAUAAUAAUAGUGAUUUUAAUAAACUAUUAGAAGAGUUAGAUACCAAAAAUAAUAAGUAUAAAAGCAAUGAAUUUUUACUUAAAUUAUCAAAUACUUGUAAUGAAUUUCAUUAUCAAAUUCUUUCACAUAUUCAACUUCAACUAAAUAAUACUACUAUUACCGAAAAUGAUUAUAUAUUAGCAUAUAAAGUAGCAAAAGAAACUGGAGCAGGAACUCAAAUUAUUGAUGAAAAGGAUUUUAAAAGUUUUAUUGAAGAUUAUAAUCAAGCUACAAAUAAAAAAAAAGAUGUUAAAAAACCUAAAGAAUCUCAACUUGAUGAUGAUAAGCGUCAUAUUAAACUAUCAGGAAUGCAUUAUACUACAUGGGCUCGAGCAAUUAUAAAUGGAUUAGCAGAUAUUGACACACCACCUA